GAUUCGUCUAAAUUAAUAGAUCGAAGAGACGCACAGAUCCGUGGUGAUGUCCAUCAGUCGCCUUCACGCCUACUGCGCAGACAACCAUGAAGUCACCUGCCUUGCUGCUAGUUCUAGCCCUGAGCUUCGUCUUCUCCAACGGUGAAGAAGAAACCACAACUACCACCACCACAGUUUCCCCCGAAUCCCCAUGGGGCCGCAUCUACCUGCGCAACGGGUUGGCCCCCAUCCAGUACUUCCGCGACGAUUUUGGUGGUCCCAUGGCACCUCACGAGGUCUCGUUCUACUUCCCGAAGCUCAGCGAAAACCGCUUCGGCUGCGAGCUACUUCCUGAGCCAGAAUUGCUGGAAGUUGAAGCCUCCAACCGCUCUGCAGUGCUGGUUGUAGAUCGCGGGGAGUGCACGUUCGAGCGCAAAGCGCUGCUAGCCGAUCAAAUGGGUGCUGCUGCUCUCUUAGUGGUGAGCCCCACCGACGACGUCAGUGCCCCCGUAGCGGCACUGAAGAACGACGAUGAAAUCUCUAUCGCGUCCGUUAUGAUCCGACGCACGGGUGGCGAUAUGCUGCGUAUUGCAGCAGAGCAGAUGGCCAUCUACGGUCGUCUUAUCCCCAUGACCUGCGAGCGCAAACCGUACACGUGCAAGCCUCGGUAUGAGAUCGAGGAAGACUACAUGGAGACGGCAAUAGCACGCGGUGGCUCGGUCUUGUCUGUUGACGAGGAGGGAGACGAUGGAACCCGCUUAGGCAGCUUCCUAGCAGCGACCUAUGGUAGUAUACUACCCACAAAGACGUCGUUCCCUUUGGCUGCUCCACUCGAUGGAAGCCAAGCAUGCACAGACGCCACGGAGGAUAUCGCAACCCACUCGGAGUUUGCAGGGAAAGCGGUGAUAACACCAGCAGGCCAAGCAGGAAGGUGCUCCGAGUUUGAGAAGGUGUCGAAUGCUCAACGUCGUGGAGCGAACAUCGUGAUACUCAUGCAUCAAGACAACGCAACGUUGAUGACUCAACCUGGUGUUCAAGUGAGUUGGCACGCGUAUAACAUCACAAUUCCAGUCCUCGCCGUCUCCAGCACCACCGGCAAUAGGCUAUCGAGUCUCAAAGACACACAGGGCGAUGCUGCACGUCUCCGCUUUGCAGUAAGCAAUGGUAUCGCCGACGCAUGGGAGUUGCUUGAAAAGUACUCAACCCGUUCGGCCUGGCCAAAGCGAGUGAAACGAUGCAGCAAAACUCUUGCCCAGCUCCUCUAUCAGAUACGUGGAUUUGGAGGAGAUAACGAAGUAGAGGAAGCACUCAAGAACCUAUUUCUCAAUGUUGUUGGCGGGAGCUUGCACGACUGGGACAAAGUCGCUCAUCCCGACGAAAAUGUCCAAGAAGAUGAAGACAGCAGUACCAGAGACACGGUCGUCCAUACAGUGAAGAAAUCAGAGACCCGUGACGAGCUCUAGACACGACUUCAUUCACUUAGUUAGCUUUUGGUAGCUCAAAACCCAGCUAGCUAACUAAUAAUGCGUCUUGAUGACAUUCCUACAGUCCGAUCCAGUAGGACCGUCCAUUGGGAUUGUGAAUCGGGACGUGGCAUUUGCCAUCACCCGAAGACGCAGACCAUUCGUACCAUACGCG